AUGGUGCUGCUUGCCCAGACCCGUAGAAGGCAGAAGUGGUCUGUGGAUCCACAAAAUAGCGCUUGGAGUAAAGAUGAAUCUAAAUUUGGACAGAAGAUGCUGGAAAAGAUGGGCUGGUCCAAAGGAAAGGGUCUUGGGGCUCAAGAACAAGGAAAUACAGAACAUAUCAAGGUUCAAGUGAAAAACAACACUUUGGGGUUAGGAGCAACUGUCAAUUACGAGGACAACUGGAUUGCUCAUCAGGAUGACUUCAACCAGCUUCUGGCUGAACUGAAUGAUUGCCAUGGACAGGGUGAAACAGAGUCCUCAGUGAAUAAUCAGAAGAAGACAUUCAGUCUGGAAGAAAAAUCCAAAUCUUCCAAGAAACGUGUCCAUUAUAUGAAGUUUGCAAAAGGUAAGGAUCUCUCUUCACGCAGUGAAGAUGAUCUGUCCUGCAUAUUUGGGAAGCGACAGAAGAGUUUGAAGGGACAGGAGGAUAUUGCCAGUCCUGAGUCUCAGGAAGAGAAGCAGGGAAACUGCUGUCUAUCUGAGCCUGCAGAUGGUUACAAUACAGUGAAGAGCGUUCUCACUGUACACGAAUAUUUCGCCAAGCGCAUGGCAAAACUGAAGGGAUCCCAGAAUGACACAGAAAAAAAGGUAGACAAUUCCAGCCCAACAGCUGAUAAAGCUUUGGAGCCUUCAGGAGAACUGAAAACCAAAGUCAAAAAGAAAAAGAAGAAGCAGACGAGAGAUGAGGCCGAGAGUACAGAGCAUUGUGAGAAACCAAAAGUGAAACAGUCAAAGAUAAGUAGCUUGAAUGACAAGGAACUGGAUGCUCCGUUAAAUGAAUGUCACUCAAGGAAAAAGAAAAGGAAACAUAAAGAGCAGCAUGAAGGGGAAAGCAUUAGUUGCGAUGAAAAUCUGGCCAAUGGGGAAAUUUAUACAGGAAUAGCUGAUGGUGAAGAUCUAAGUGUAAAGGACUGUGAAGCACAGCAAAAGAAACGCCACAAAAAGAAACACAAAAGGCAAAAAGAAGAGACAGAUGAGUGUAUCGAAGCAGCACAGAGAAAGAAAAAGAAGCACUGCAAGCACAUUUAA